AUGAAAGCAGAUGUGAUCAGUAAGCCGGUAAGUCAUUCAACAGCCGGUAAGUCAUUCAACUUCAAGCAGUUUAAUCGAAGUCCAAUUGGAAUUUUUAAGAACGCUCAAAAUCCCGCCAAACAACCAGUAUGGGAGAUACAUCACAAUAGAAGUAUUCCCCACUACAUAUCGCCAAGCGAAUAUACGGCGAUCAUAGAUCCACAGAAUCUGUUCAAAGAAAAUGAGCAAGUUUUAUUGCUUUUUGUCAUUUUUUCGAAUCCGAACCAUUUUACAGCGAGAGAAAUAUUGCGGCAAACAUGGGCAAAUACUUCCGAGUUUAAUUAUUCGCAGUUUUCGAAAAUGCAUGGACAUUUAAAAGAACAGUAUUUACCAUUUAAUCAUCCCGAGUGGAAAAGAUACGCACAUGAAUAUGACACAAAUGAAAUAAUUGACGGGUCAGACUUUGAUGCGGCAAAUUUUCGUAUUCGACGGGUAUUUCUGAUUGGGCAAACUGAAACUGAAGAAAUGCAAAAUCAAGUGCUUGCAGAAAGUCAAAAAUACAACGAUAUAAUUCAAGAAGAUUUUGUCGACACCUAUAAAAAUUUAACGCUAAAAACAGCAAUGAUGAUGAAAUGGGUCAAUAAUAAUUGUGCUGAAAAAGUGAAAUUUAUCAUGAAAGCUGACGAAGAUACCUUCGUGAACGUGCCAAAUUUGAUUCAUUUUUUGCUUGGUGGCACCAUUCCGGUUUAUAAUGCCACCCUAAAUCGUUAUGUUGAGCAAUAUAAGGAAAACAUCAUGGAUGUAUUGCAUUCAAACAGUCGUUUGAGCUACGAAGAAGACCUAUUGAUCGGAUGUCGCUUAUGCAGCAUCAUGCCAUGCUCUGUUCCAGAAGAUAAAUGGUUUUCACCGCCGUUCAUGUACGAUCGAGAAAUAUUUCCGAUAUUUUUGGCCGGUGGAUCUGGAUAUGUGUUUACAAUGAGCACGGCAGCCAAACUUUAUAAGGCGUCUAUGGAAGUACCACUAGUUUUAGCUGAAGAUGCUUAUUUUACCGGCAUUUGUGCAGAGAAAGCGAAAAUUCAACCAAAGAAUUUCCAUUUGUUCAAUAAUGGAUAUUAUUCGGAUAUGUGCGAUUUUUUAGGCGGAAUAACACAACAUCAAACCGAAUUAAAUGUACUGAAAUUCGUGUAUGACAUCAUCAUGAAUUCGGAUUACAGAUGUGCAACGCCACCGAAUCAAAUCGAAACCGAUAUAAAAGAUUCAACCGAAAGCUGUUCAGAUAAAUUCGCGUUUAGACAUCCGAACGGCAAUUGUGCAGGAACCUUUUAUAAUUUACCGACCAAAAAUAUUGACCUAAUAAGAAGCAUAGGGUCUGCAUUUUGA